CGGAACAACCAACUCCCCCGCCGGAAGUUACCCAUCCCGACUUCCGUUUGCGCUCUGCACACUGGUUUCCGCCCUCCUCUGGAGUGUUUUGUUUCCGUCGGCGUGUUGACGCUGUAGCUCAUUUCCGUUGGUGUUGAAGAGUUUGAAAUUAAAGAGAGCGAGAAAUAAAAAGAGGUCCAUAUUUCUCCUAAUCUAGCCAUGACAAAGAGAGAGGCAGAGGAGCUAAUAGAAAUAGAAAUUGAUGGCACGGAGAAGACAGAAUGUACAGAAGAAAGCAUUAUAGAGCAUCACUACACCACCGCAGAGUUUGUCAGCCAGUCUAUUGACAUAAAUGAACCUAUUGGAAAUCUCAAGAAGCUUCUGGAACCCAGACUUCAAUGCUCACUUGAUGCUCAUGAGAUCUGUUUGCAAGACAUACAGCUUGAUCCUGAGCGCAGUUUAUUUGACCAAGGUGUAAAGACUGAUGGGUCAGUACAACUCAGUGUGCAAGUUAUAUCACAACAAGGUUUGGAGCCAAAAUUGAACAUACUUGAGAUAGUAAAACCAGUAGAGACAGUUGAGGUGGUUAUUGACCCAGAUGCUCACCAUGGUGGGGUUGAAGCUCAGCUUGUUGAAGAAACCCAAGUGAUAACCUUGGAUGGCACAAAGCAUAUCACAACUAUUUCUGAUGAAACUUCAGAACAAGUGACAAGAUGGGCUGCAGCGUUAGAAGGAUACAGGAAAGAGCAAGAGCGUCUAGGGAUUCCGUAUGAUCCACUACAGUGGUCUACAGAUCAAGUACUGCACUGGGUACUUUGGGUUAUGAAGGAGUUUUGCAUGACCGACAUCAAUGUCAACGCUCUUGGCAUUCCUGGAAGAGAGCUGUGUAAUAUUACUCAAGAGGAUUUUUUCCAGAGAGUUCCCAGAGGAGAGAUUUUAUGGAGCCAUUUGGAGCUGCUUAGAAAAUAUGUUUUGGCAAGUCAAGAGCAUAGUGGAGAAAUCGCUACAGUUACUAUUGACCAGCCUGUACAGAUUAUUCCAGCAUCAAUACAGCAGCCUACUCCAACAACUAUUAAAGUUAUAAAUAGUCAACCAAAAACAGCAAAAGUGCAGAGGGCACCACGGAUUUCUGGAGAAGACAGAAGUUCACCUGGAAACCGAACAGGGAACAAUGGUCAAAUACAGCUUUGGCAAUUCCUCCUAGAGUUGCUCACCGACAAAGAUUCUAGAGAUUGCAUAUCUUGGGUGGGAGAUGAGGGAGAAUUUAAACUAAACCAACCAGAGCUGGUGGCACAGAAAUGGGGACAGAGGAAAAAUAAACCCACAAUGAACUAUGAGAAACUAAGCCGUGCACUUAGGUAUUACUAUGAUGGGGACAUGAUUUGUAAAGUACAAGGGAAGAGAUUUGUCUACAAAUUUGUUUGUGAUUUGAAGACUCUUAUUGGCUACAGUGCAGCAGAGUUAAGUAGGCUUGUUUCAGAAUGUGAACAGAAAAAGAUGGCAAAGAUGCAGUUGCAUGGCAUACAACCUGUCACGGCAGUAACCUUGGCUACAGCAUCUCUCCAAACAGAAAAGGAUAAUUAGGCACUUGUGAACUCUGUAUGAAGCCUUCCAUGUAUACCUACAAGUUCCUUCUAUUAUCAGAAUCUGAUGCAUUUUAUUUUUUGGACUGUACAGUAUAAAGCCUGAUUUUCUACAAAGGACUUAGACUUUAAUAAAUUUGGAUCUUGUUUCUCUUCAUAUCAAAAUUCAUUGAAAGAGUCUAUAUGAAGGGAACAUGGCAUAUUUUAUAUAUUUUGCAGAGAAACGUAUAUCAUUGUUUCCAACUUUGCAAGUAAGGUUGUACCUUUAAAUAUUUUUUUUUUCCUGAAAAAAAAGUAAAAAUCAUCAAAAAAUUUAGCUACAUUUUUAACCAUAUUUUUUCUUCUUCAGUGUUAACUUAAUCCAGUGCUUCUUGUUUUAAACUGAGACAAUUGGUGUUGCAUAAUUUGAAAAAGAAAAAAAAAUGAACUGUUUUUCCAUAAUAGUGAAAUUAAAAACAUAACAUGUAACACUAAGCAAAGUAAGGCAAUUAACAUAUAAUACCAUGGUCCACAAAAAGACUUCCAAAUAUUUAUCUAACCUGUGAAGACCUAUAAAACAUCUGCAUUAUUUAUAAUUGGCAGAAAUUAGGUAUUUCAGAUCCGAGUAUUUAUAUUAAACUAAUAAGCCUCUUAUGUGUAAUAACCAUAUUCACCUUGGGUCCUUUCCCAGUGUUGGGAACAAAACAAGAGCAGUUUCAGUUUACUGUUCUGAUUAAGAUUGAAUAUUGCAAAAACCUGGUCAUUAAUUUCCUUUAAUAUUCUUGUUCAGAUACAAAUGCCCUUACCUGUGUCUGUUUGUAUGGGAUUAAUUUGAUAUCUGUAUAGCAAAUCAAGGUUCUUUAACUUGGUUAAACAAUUUUAGCAUUGCAAUGACUUAUUUUGUAAAGCCAUUUUUUCAGUUAUAACUGCUUAAUGUAUUAUUACUUAAAUAUUAUACAACUGAUCUAUUUUUUGUGUUCUUUGUUUACUUUUUUUUAUAAAAAUUAUAUGACCGA